AUGUCACCCUCAGUUUCGCUGGGCUUCCAGGCUCUCAUUCUAUGUGGGCCUGGGUUCUCCUUCAAUACAUUCACCUCCAAACCAGAGGACUACCCAAAAUGUCUCAUGCAAGUCGGAAAUCGACCUAUGGUCUACUAUGCUAUCGACUUUUGCAAACGAUCAGGCAUCACUGAUGUCACCUUGAUAACGCCUCCAUCCUCAUUCCCAGCAGUUCAAGCUGCCAUGAAGAUCGAUCCACAUCUUACGUCUUUCCACUCGCAUCCAUCCAUAAUUGCGCCGAAAGGUCUCGAUAUGACCAUGGGCACCGCCCAGCUCCUCCGCCUCCCCGAAGUCCAACGUGUUAUCACAACUGACUUUAUCAUUGUACCUUGUGACCUCAUAUGUGAACUCCCUGGUGAAUCUCUUAUCGAGGCUUGGAUGGCUACUCAGGGCGUCCUUGAACCAACUCGAACUGCCAAAGACCGACGCAACUCACUCGGUCAAAAGCCUUCCCGCUUGGACGUGCAGCAAAAGGGACGACGCGGCGCUCUAGCUGUGUUCUACCAAACAAUCGACCGAAGAGAAAGCGUCCAGGGGGAGUUUACUGAUUUUGUAGCUGUUGCACCUCUCACACAUGAUGAGGCCCCUGUUAUAACACCUGCGGAUAUCGAAACAGCUGCCAUCCGGUUCAACAUUUCGAAGCUGCUGCUAACAAUGCCCAUGGGAACAGCCAAGGAGAAGAUGGAACAAGAUAAAGGCUUGCUCCUCCGGCAUUCUUUGCUUCAGACGCACGGGCGCAUUCGAAUCCUCACCAGCUUCCGCGAUGCACACAUCUACGUCUUUCCAUACUGGGUCAAGGAGAUGGUCCACAGCCAGCGCAGACUGCACACAAUUGGUCAGGACCUUGUCGGCAACUGGACCAAGGCAGGAUGGCAAGAAGGGCUAGGCAUAACUCUCGGUCUCACUCGUCCACUGUACCAAGACAGCCAGAGCGACCUCGAGGAGUCAAGCUUCGAGAGCAAUAUCGAAGCGAGAUACAUGGACCAGAAGAUCGAUCUUCAGCGCAUGAGCACUACCAAGUCUGCGCUGAAUACUCUGCCUCCCAAGUACAUCCACCCUCCCAAGAGUUCGAAGUCGAAGGAGGAAAUGAUGCCUCCCAAGGCUGCCGAUCUACCACAAAUCCUAUCGUAUAUUCACCGAGGACCCCAGCUCAUUCGGCGGAUUGACCAUCCCGCUAUCCUUCUUUCGACUUCUCUCCUUCUAGCCAAGUUGCAGUCCAUCGACGAAGUCGGAAAGCAGGCAGCUUCGCCUUUCGCUCACGCACACAAGAUCUCCUCUCCUGAACUCGUGGCUAAGCGCAGCAUUGUUUCUCAGAAUGAUUGCCUUCUCGGUGAUAAUGUUACUAUUGAAUCCACCUGUGUGAUUAAGGAAAGCUGCAUCGCGUCUAACUGCCAUAUCCAUUCAGGCGCGCGGAUCAAUCGCUGUGUGCUGAUGGAAGGGGCGGUCGUGGAGGCUAAAGCUCUGCUGAAUGGGUGCAUUAUUGGUCGACAUGCUAGAAUUGGCCGGGAGUCUGUGCUGAGGGACUGUGAGGUACAGGAUGCCAAUAUUCUGCCUGAAAAGAUGGAUGCUCGGGAUCAGAAGCUUAUGGUUUUCGAGGAGUUGAGGAAGUGA